AACGUCUUUCAACGUCUUCCAAUGACAACACGAACUGUUUGAUCGAUAUUGCAGUCCUCCUUGUUGUUCGGAGGCAAAAUCAGACUGGAUUGAAUAUUCAUCAGUCCCACUCGUAUUCAUAGCGUAUCAAAUGGAAUCAACUUGGUAUCUCUUUCCUGGUCAAACUCUAGCCAACACGAAAAUAUCGGACCGGAGUCAUGCUCUCCAUAUAAGGUCGAAGGAAUGGGGAAAAAUCACCAGUCAUUUGGAUAGGAAGAAGCUUAAAGAGCAAGCAAUUCAAAGAGAAAGAGAGCACAAGCAGUAUUUAGAUGACGGUUCGAAACGGAUGAUUCAGAAUUGGGAGAAUUCUCUUGAGAAUAUCCGAAAAAGAAAAGAAGAAGAGCGACUGAAACAUAAAGAGCAGAAGAAAGAGGAUAGGAAUCAAAAAUUUUUCGAGCUCAGGGAAGAACAGGAGAAAAUUCGUAAGGAUUACGUGGAUAAAAUGAGGAAGCAGAUCUACAUGAACACGGGAAAUGCUCGUGAACUGACUAGUGCUUUCGUUACCAGCGAAAUAUUAUAUGAAAGAGAAAAACAGAAGGAUUUCAAGAAACUGAUUGAUAAGCAUUAUGAGGAAGAAGCUGCCAAAUAUGCGCAGGUAGUGAAAGAAAAUGCUGAAAAGGAAUUGCUAGAGAAUAGAGAGAAAGAGUUGAAGAAAAGAAAAAAGAACAAAGAUCACGGUGAUUACUUGAAACAGGAGAUAGCUCAGAAAUCUCUCAGGCAACAGGAAGAAAAACAGAAACAAACAGAAAAAGAAGCAUUGGAUAAUAUCAGAGCUAUGGAAGAAAUGGAAUGUCUAGAGAAAAAACUGCUCGAAAAGAAAGCAAAGAACAUGCAAGAACUUUUUGGGGAGAAGAAGAAACUUCUGAAGCAGGAAGAAGAGAAAAAAAUACAACUGGCGAAGGAAGAAUCAGAAUUAGAUGCUGUAGUAGCUAUUUACAAAGAGACAAAACACCGUAUAGAUUGCAUGAAGAAAGCAAGAGAGAAGGAGUUGAGAGAUGAAGCGGCAGCUAGACAAGAAGCAGUAGCAAAAUUGGUGAUGGCACAUGAGAAAGCUAAAACAGAAGUUGAAGAAGAACGUAUGAAGGCUGCUAUUGCAGAGAAAGAUGCCAUUGAGAAAAAAAAACUCAAAAAGAGAGCGGAAUACGACAAAAAGAUGAAGGAAGAACGCUUUGAGGAUAGAAAAAAAUUCAUUGAACAUGAAGAAGUUGCUAAUAAAAAACAGGCAGAAAUAAGGAAAUGGGAAAUGCUGAAUCGAUAUAAAACUGAUGAAAUCUUGAAGAAAUAUGAAGAAAGCAAAAGGAAACAGCAUUGGAAAAAAGUAUUGGAAUACAGGAAGGAACUGCUGGAGCAAAUGAGUGAGGAGAAGGCUUUACUUCUUCAAGAAAAAGAAAUAGAGGAAUUUGUUACCAGAUCCAAUUUCCACAACGAUGACGACAGCUUCUUUGAAUAUGCUGAUGAAGUGCUGAAACUUGCCAAGAAACGAGGACGAUCUACAUAUCCAAUAGAAAAAGUUAUCAUGCAAUACAAGAAGACAAAUCUGUUGUUACCUGAUAAAUGUGAGGAUAACUGCGAAAAUUAUAUCACAUCGAAGGAAGCCAAAAGUAUGUCACAGCAAAUAUUCAAAAAAUCACAGAAGAAUAAGAACGAUAGGAGUUGCAGGUGUCGACAGGAAGAAAAAAAAUCUGUAUCAAAUUGAGUUUUCAGUUGUGUACCAGAAUAUACAUGAAUAUUUUUACAUU